AUGGCCUUGGCGCUUUAUGUGGCUGCUAUGGUCCGGUGUGGCAAUCGGGAUCAGGGAGAAGGUAUAGAACACCGGUACGGGUACGCGGAGAGACUUUUACUAGGGGUGACAUCAAAGGGGUCGGAACAGGGUAAGGAACACCAAGUUGAAGACAAGGAGACGACUACACCUGCAAAGGUGGCUGGAAAGUUUCAAGACCUGGACAAGAAACGGGCUGCCGGUGGUAAAACAGACUCUGUGCUAGUUGGAUACGCACAGUUAAUGGUAGAGGGAAUAGUAAACGACAACAACAUGUUAGAAACAGAAUCAAUCAAAAGUCUCGGUGACGUGUACCUGAAAAGAGGAACAGAAACUGGAGACACUAGAUACUUGACCAAAGCUACUGCUCUGUACAACACGGCACUGGCGCGGUGUAACAACGUUCAGGGAACCGUUGUCAUUGUCCAUCGCUUACUUUACACAGCAAAAAUCAGGGCCCCGGAACUACACUGUAAAGCUGAAAACCCUACAGGAGCCGAUGAUAACACUGAAUACGAAGAACAUCUACAUGAUGGCUCCAGAGCCCUGCAGACUGGAGAUCUGGACACAGCAGAACAAAGUUUUUCAGCUGCACUCAAGUCCGUUCAUGUCCAAGGUCAACACAAGAAGGAGGCAGAGCCCCUGUACAAGUUGGGCAAGGUCUAUCUGAGAAGAGGAAUCCGGUCAAAGGACGGGGGUGAUUUCACCAAGGCUGCAGCACUCUGUAAUGCAGCACUGUCAUACCUACAAAGCUUACAGGGACAACGGCACUGUGGAUGCAAGAAGGCACUGAACGACACCGCCAUGUUGAGGGUCUGUAAGAAACUCCGUGAGGCGGACGCGAAGGGCAAGAGGUACGGACUAGCCCGUGCGGAGACAGGCUACCUCCGUGCCCUGGUGGACGCCAUGGCUGACAUGGACAGGCUGGCGGAAGUGGAGCUGCUCAAAAGUCUGGGCGACGUGAACUUGGAGAAGGGAAGACUCGAGAAGGAUGUAGGGAAGUUCAACAUGGCAUUGGCGCUUUACAUGGCUGCUAUGGUCCGGUAUGACAAUCGGGAUCAGGAAGAAGGUAUAGAAGAUCGUUACAAAUACGCGGAGAGACUUUUACAAGGGCUGACGUCAAAAGGGUCACAUGGUAAGGAACAACCAACUGAAAACAAUGAAGCUACUACACCUUCAAAGGUGGCUCUAAAGUUUCAACACCUGGACAAGAAGAGGGUCGGUCGUGGUAACAAAGACACUGUGCUGGUUGGAUACGCGCAGUUAAUGGUAGAGGGGAUAGUAAACGACAACAACAUGUUAGAAACAGAAGCGAUUAAAAGUCUCGGUGACGUGUACAUGAAAAGAGGAACAGAAACUAGAGACACUAGAGACUUGACCAAAGCUACUGCUCUGUACAAUACGGCACUGGCGCGGUGUAACAACGUUCAGGGAACAGUUAUCAUUGUCCACCGCUUAUUGUUCACAGCAAAAAUCAGGCAGUACAUCACCACAAACAAUACUAAGAAGUCAACUCGAACGAAACGACGACAAAACGUGAGAGGACAGAAGGACCACAUCUCUUCCUUCUCAACUGCAACCUCAAGUGACAUUAUUAAUGAACGAAUGCGCCGUCUACACAGUGCCCCGGAACUGCAGAAAGCUGAAAACCAGCCAGGAGUCAACGAUGACAUUGUAUACAAAGAGCAUCUACAUGAUGGCUGCAGGGCCCUGCAGACUGGAGACCUGGACAAAGCAGAAGAAAGUUUUGCAGCUGCGCUAAAGUCUGUUCAUGUCCAAGGUCAACACAGAAAGGAGGCAGAGCCCCUGUACAAGUUGGGCGAGGUCUAUCUGGAGAGAGGAAUCCAGUCAAAGGACGGAGGUGAUUUCACCAAGGCUGCAGCACUCUGUAAUGCAGCACUGGUAAGAUCGAGUAGAGAAGAGCAAACAAUCAAGGAAAUAACUCCAGCAUUUGUUAAGGAAGUCCUGAAGAUCGAACAGAGGAUAGAAAGUGAUGAUGCAGAGAAACACAAAUUGAUGCUGAAGGCUGAUAGGAACUAUGUAGAAAAAGAGAUUAAAAGAAUUGAACAAGAAGUAGAUCCUUAUAGCCUUGAUGACGAGGACCCAAAGAUAAAACAGGUUGAGAUGGAGAGGGUUGAAGCAAUCAAAGCAUUGUGUCAGACACUGGUUCAUCAGCGUAAAGCGUUCAUAGCUGGCCUUGUAGAUGAAUGCAUUGAGGUGAUGGGCCCCCCUCCCUGUAAGUACGCCAUGAUAGGUUUGGGUUCACAAGCCACAGGAUUGGUAACUCCGUACUCUGAUCUGGAAUUUGCCAUUUUGGUAGAGGAGGAAACCGAGCCUAAUGUGAGCUAUUUCCGUAACCUCACUCAAUAUCUGCAUCUCAAGGUGAUAAAUCUGGGAGAGACCAUUCUCCCUGCCAUGGGGAUUAAGUCUCUUAAUGAUUUCUACUCAGACGACCCACUAGACAGCUGGUUUUAUGAUUCAGUAACACCGCGUGGUUUUGCGUUUGAUGGAGCCAUGCCACAUGCGUGCAAGACUCCCUUCGGCAGGGGCAGAAAAAGCAAACUCAUCCGCACACCAUGCAAUAUGACCAACGUUCUAAAAGAAGACCUCACUCUUCAUUUAAAGAAAGGCUACCAUCUCGCUAGCAUUCUGGGAAACGUGUCUUUUAUCACAGGAGACCAGGACUUGGUAGAUGAGUACAGGUCGUUAUGGACUCAGCAAUUUCAAGACAACAACAGCAGAGUUCCGCUGAAUAUGGCAAUUAGUUUAUUGGGUGAUAAUGUAUCGACUUUUCAAACCCAGGCUCUCACUGACGAACUGCGGAAUGUUAAGAAAGAAAUCUAUCGGUUUUCAAGCCUUGCCGUAUCCUUUUGGGCGCUACUUUAUAACAUACAGCCGACCACAAUCUGGGAGACUAUUCAGGAGCUAAGAAACAGUGGAGUCGUCAGUAGUGAGAACGCACACCACUUGAGUGUGCUGGUCAGUAUCUCAGCAGAACUGAGGCUGCGGACAUACAUGAACAAUGGUGGUCAGGUGGAAAACAUGUCAGUCUUAUGGUCAAUGUAUACCGAUACGGGUAUUGAAGAUAAAUUACAGAAAGUGUUUUACAUCUCAAAUAGAAAACAGCUCAUGAGAUAUUAUUAUACAGAAAGACCACUGAAGCACUUUAUUUCACAGCUGACCGACCCUCAACCGGUAAAAAUAACGUCAAUCUUCUUUGACAAUUCUCCAGAAUUGAAAGCAGAGGUAUAUAAAAGUAUUUGUGACUUCGAAAAUCUCAAGACAUGCUCAGAACAAACGCUACAUUACUAUUUAUCGAAAUAUGGGGAAAACACUGCACAUAGUGAUGUUGCAGCCUCACUUGAUAACUUGGCUUUCGCUUUGGGGGCUCUUGGUGAUCACAAAAAUUCUGUUCGCUAUUAUGAACAGUCACUACAGAUGAGGCAGAGUAUAUACAGCGAGGACACUGCACAUCCUGACAUUGCCAGCUCACUUAACAACUUGGGUCGAGUCUGGACUGACCAAGGGGAUUACAGAAAGGCGUUUAGCUAUUAUGAACAGUCGCUACAGAUGAUGAGGAGUAUCUAUGGUGAGGACACAGCACAUCUUAACAUCGCGAUCUCGCUGAACAACUUGGGCGGGGUUUGGCGUCAACUCGGAGAUAACAGAAAGGCGGUCAAAUAUUUUGAACAGUCACUACAGAUGAAGCGGAGUAUUUACGGAGAGGACACUGCACAUCGUGACAUGGCCGGCACACUUGACAACUUGGGUGGGGCUUGCAGUAGCCUUGGGGAUCUAAAAAAGGCGGCCAACUAUUAUAAACAGUCAUUACUUAUGAAGUGGCGUAUCUAUGGUGAGAACACUGCACAUUCUGACAUUGCCGACUCACUUAACAGCUUGGGUACCGUCUGGGACGAACUUGGUAAUCUUGAAAAAGCGAUUAGCUACUACACACACUCACUAAAGAUAAACCGGAGUGACCUUUUGUAUCACAGAAAGGCAAUCAGCUACUAUAAAGAGUCACUUCGGAUGAGGAGGAGUAUUUAUGGCGAGGACACUGCUCAUCCUGAUAUCGCCGCCUCACUUGACAACUUGGGUUGCGCCUUGAGUGACAUUGGGGAUCACAUAAAGGCGAUCGGCUAUAAGAAACAAUCACUACAGAUGAAAAGGAGUAUUUAUGGUGAGAACACUGCACAUGCAGACAUCGCCGCGUCACUUAACAACUUGGGUAGCGCUUGGAGUGACAUUGGGGAUCACAGAAUGGCGAUCAGCUAUUAUAAACAAUCACUAGAGAUGAGGAAGAGUAUUUAUGGUGAUGCCACUACACAUCCUGACAUCGCCAUGUCACUUAACAACUUCGGUAAGGUCUGGAGUGACCUUGGGGACCACAGAAAGGCGGUCAGCUAUUAUGAACAGUCACUACAGAUGAGGCGGAGUAUCUAUGUGGAGAACACCGCACAUCCAGACAUUGUACAAUCGCUCAACAAUUUGUGCGCCGCCUGGAGAGAGCUCGGUGAUUACGGAAAGGCCAUGAACUAUCUUCAACAAAUGAAACAGGUCAUUGAGGUCAUUACAACUUCAUAUAAGUAAUAAGCAGCAAACAUAGUAGAAGUAAAUGAUCUCUUCUAUCAAGGAAUCUCACUUUACAACAUUUUCCAAAGAUGUCAGACUAUAGGCCUGAAAAAGCCAUCACAUAAAUUGGCAUCAUGAUACAAAAUGUAUAUAUAUUGUGAAAUAAAAGUUAUGAAUUUCGUUUUUCUUUAAUUUGGUUGUUGUCCUGAAUGAUGUGGUUGUGAUUGACAUGGUUUGAUCCGUACUACUGUCAGAUUGGGGCGAUGACAGUUUACUUCCUGAUGUUGUAUACGCCUGUUAGUGUUGACGACGAAAGACUGUACGCUCGUACAGGGGGUGAUGACUGCCUCCCCUCAAAAACAAUGUGCACAACCCGAUCUUUCGGGCAUAAUUAUAGAGAACUCAAACCAGUUUAAGCUCACUAAAGAGCUAGUCUCCUACUCGUCGUGACAGAGGGGGCAGACGCCAUGUACAGUAUUUACAUGUUCAUUGUACCGGGGAAAUUCCCCGAGCUCUUUGCGACAAGCACAAUGAACUUGGACCACGGCUAAACGUCCAGUCCUAAGGACUGCAACCCUUUCCGGUAGCCCGCAUGUUCGUUGAGCAGCCGGAAUCGAACUCACGGCUUCUAGUUCCAGAGGCAGGGCUGCUAACCACUAGAAUACGCACGCUACAGAUAGGCCUUUCAUGGAUGUCCACCAAAACCAAAACCAUUGCUAUCAUGACUUUGCGAGCAAGGUCUUUAUUUCAUUGCAUGAGGAACACGAUCCACACAUGUGCAACUCUGGUCACCCUUCUUUGGUCUGUGUAACGCAGACUCCGCUGCCCUGGCCAUGGGUUAUAACUGGCCCCUCCCUGCAGGAGAGUUCGGCUGGAUGUUGCAUUGAGCGGGUCGCUUUUAGCGCGAUGUAUAUUGUUCUCGUCACUUACCUUCAAAUUUUCACUCGGACGUCAAUUAGAAAGUACUAGUAGACUAAUGACAUGAAAUUUGAUGGCUAUUGGGAAUUAUAACAUACUUUACGAUAAUAUAUUUAUUUUCGUGUUGGGUCGAGAUCUUAUUCAUCACCCCUUAAAGUUUAGGGUUGAGGUCGGAAACUAAGGCUUAAAGAUUCCCAUUCUGCUUCAAACUGAUGUAUCAGAACCUUGUUACUGCCGUGAAAGACGUAAUAAAUGUUUUUAAUGUGUUUUAGUAUAGGUAUAUGGACAUUCUUAACUGCCUGCUACAUAUGAAUAAAGGUGGACUUGUAUAUAUCUUGCAAAUAUCAAGAUCAAAGGUAUAGGUUGAAGCUUAUAAAAUAUGUGACUUCUACACAUAGAUAAAAACUGAGAACAACGCUAAGUAUAAUGUGAUUAUUACAUAAUGGCAGAAGGCAACUGGGUCUAUGUUUUCUCCAUGAGAAUGAGAACAUGUUUAAAUUGAUAUAAGAUAGUUCACUGAGCAUGCACUUCAACGUCUAAGGGGUUUGGCUAGACUUUAUACAAUAUACCACUUGUGUUCAUUCCAUAUGAUUCAGUCAAAUAGGAUAAUCUUACUCUGCCUAGAUAUUUUUUCAUUGUGUGGAUCAAUGGAGUAACAGAACCUUAUUAUACAUAGAAAGUCUGAUAUUUAAGUGGUAAUUCAAGAUUGAUUUUUACUUAAUAAUACGUAUGGAAAAUCCCAGUCACUCUAUAAGUGCCGAGAUGGUUGAGAUGUCAUAUCGUGUAUUAUGCUAUGAUAACUGUUUUAAAAAGCAAUGGCUUUAUCACAAGUGUUGUCAAGUUUUCUCCUUGUAUCGCUUUGUUGUAAGAUACAUGUAAAGCGAACAUUUUAGUAGCGUGUUGCAAGUGUACGUUGUAUAUUCUGAUAUUUGGUCUUCAAGUGUAACACUAUCAUUCGAUACCAAACUGAUUUUAUUUUAUCAAGAAGAUUUUAUGGAUGACAUUGUCUGGUCACCCGAAAACUAAUCCGAGCAUGUGCAAAAAAAGAAAGGUUAUGGCAGAAUAUGUCUGAAAUUCAAGUGAUAACGAAAGU